AACGAUAGUCCAGUUCCCCUUUCUAGAUUUUCCCCCACCCCAACCACUUUCACCCCCCUUAGAGACUCUUAGAAACGCAUGUGACGAAGCUUUCACAUAAGAUUUCUAUUCAGGGUAAAAACACGCGGAAAUUUUCAGAUGAACCACUUCGCUAUCAACAUCUUUCGCGGAUUCGUCAAUAACUCUCCGAUACAUUUUAUUGGGCCCGAUUUAUUGUGUUUCGUUGUUAUGAUUAUAAAUAAUGUUUGAAAUUUUAAUUCAAUUAAACAAAUGUGAAUAGUUAUUUAGAAAUUUUUAAAGUGUGUUAUUGAAUUGAGAUAAAUGUGGAAGCCGGCUAUACCUCCUCUAGUGGGGAGCAUGGAACUCAAAUUAAGAAAUCUACAGGAGAGUUAAGCUCCCAAUUUGAUCCAAUUUUCCGGAAAUAAAAUUAGAAAGAUGAAAAUCAAUUGGUUUACAGAAGAGGAAGGUUUUCAGACAGCCACUGAAGCCUCAAUACGCCCCUCCUUACUUCCAAGCAGUACGGGUGAGAGUAUGAACGGCAGCAGUGGCGGAUUAUACGAAGAAUCUAACACUAGUAGAAUCAGCGGCGGUGAAGCUACCCCCAACAACGGGUCAUCAACUGGCUUGCAACAGCCCCUGCAUAUCCCUGCCAAGAGACUCACCCCUAACAGCAGCAACAACCUGGCCGUCACCUACGCCGCCCCGACCGACUGCGGCGGUGACACGGCGUCAGGAGUCAUCCGUCACGGAGGCCACAACGGACAGCCGGCGGGUAGCUGGGGCGCCACUUAUUCACCGGACGGACAUUCUGCCUUCGUUGAUGCCCAUCAUGUGCCCCAGUAUAACCAUCAACCCUUAUGCAAUGUCCGGGACAGUGUUGCAGCCGGAUAUUACUACAACACAAUAGACCGGAAACCACCACAAACUUCUAUCAAAUUCUGGUCUAAUUCAUAUGAUGCGGGCCCUAGUACUGUAGCACCAGUACCAACGGACGCCUGUCAAUCAUUUGCACCACAAACAUGGUGUAAUUAUUCUCCAUAUUCAGGCACCAGGGUCCAUCCAGGGCAUAUGGAACCACACACACCCCAGCCAGUAUCUUAUUUUCCUACGGCAGAAGAUAGAUCUAGAGCUGCGAUGGACACUGUUUAUCCACAAUCAGAUGCCUAUGGACUUCGUAGUUUUCCCACCGAUGUUCAUUGUCCAACAACCUACGUCCAGUCAGGAACAGGAGGGGAUCCGAUGACCACAACAAAUCCUUUGGAAUGGACAGGAACUGUAACAGUGCGUAAAAAACGUAAACCAUAUUCCAAGUUUCAGACUUUAGAGUUAGAGAAAGAGUUCCUCUUUAAUGCUUAUGUUUCAAAGCAAAAAAGGUGGGAAUUAGCGAGGAACUUGAAUCUUACUGAACGUCAAGUCAAAAUCUGGUUUCAAAAUAGGAGAAUGAAAAGUAAGAAAACGAGUCAAAGGAAUGCAGAAAACAACCAAAAUAAUACAAAUACGACUAAUAACAAUAGCAACAGCCAGCAGCAUAACACUGCUUCUAAAAUUAGCGUAUAAAAAUUAAAGUAGAUUCGAAAAUGUUUAACUAAAUGUAUUGGAAAAAGUGAAGUGAUUUUUUAUCUGACAAGGUAAUAUCUCAAGUUUUUCGUUGGCGAAAUUUAGAAAUCAUGCUUGAAAAAAAAAUGUAAAGUGAUAAUAUAAAAAUUAAAGAUAUUGCGAAGCAUAAAGUGGCAUAAUUUAAUCGUGACUAUCAUAUACUUUAAAAAAAGAAGCGCACAAUUUGGUUUUGAAAUUCUUUUUAAUAAAUUUUUUUUAUUUUUUAUAUUUGGAGUGGUAGGUAAAAUGUGGUAUUAUUCAUUGCACUUACUCAGAAGCUUGAUAACAUUUUUCUCAUUUAGUUUGCUUUUAAAAUUAUAGCUUUUUUCACAAUUAGUCCUUAAAAUACUUCUUUAUUAUUGUAAUAUUGCAAGAAAAGUUUAUCUGAGCAUCGAAGUUUAGAUUAAAAAAAUUGGCCAAAAAAAAAAA